CCCCAAACUAGCACUCAGGAUCAGAAUUCACAAAAAUAGGUUUCAUUAAAGGGGCAAUUUACCCUUAUGCCCCCUUCUUUAACUAAUUUAAAAAACAAAUUUGAAAUCAAUUUGUCGCCGUCCUCGUUUCAUCGCUUCUUCUUCUCGUCUCUCCGUCGUCGUCGUCGUCGUCUCUCCGUCGUCGUCUCCCCGUCCUUGUCGUCGUCGUCUCUCCGUCGUCGUCGUCGUCGUCUCUCCGUCGUCGUCUUCGCCUCUCCGUUGAUCCGUCGUCGUCGUCUCUCCGUUUAUUUAUCGUCGUCGUCGUUUCUCAAUUGAUCUGUCGUUUCUACGUCUAUUCAUCUCAUUCUCUCUCUCGUGUGUCUGAUUUGAUUAAGGUUUGAAUCAUUUCAUUUUGUUAUACAUUAUCUAGGUUUUGUUAUAUAUUAUUCAUUUGUUGAUGAUUUGAAGUUGAUUUUGUAGAACAAUGGAAGUUUUGUGCAUCUGUGGACAAUGGAUCUCAAAAGAAUCUCUCCAGUGGGAGUUUCUUGUUGAUUUGAAGAGGAAUGCAUCAAUCAUUUCCAUAGAAGAAGAUCUACUGUAUGAAGAUUUGAUGAAGAUUGUCUCUGAAGAUUUUAGUGUUAAAGAGGAAGAAAUCAGUUUGAGUUAUGGUUUUUCAUUGGAUAUGAAAUGUAUUAUUGAAAGUUUCCCCCCACUCUCGAUAGGUAAUACUCGUCAGCUCAGAACUUUCAUUUCCAAGACUAGAGCAUUUGAUGGAACCUGUCGUUUGUGUGUUAAGGUUUGUAUGAUUUUUUCUUAGACUUUUCAGGAUAUGCUUCAUAACCAAGUAUUAUGCCUUACAGAACUACUUGACUUAUGCAGGUUAGUACUGAUCCAGUUAGCUGUAACACUCAAGCUUCUGAUACAUUUGCUUCUACUGUUCCAUUGAAUGCCAAUCCAGCGAUUCUUUCUACUGUGCAGAGUGAAAAACAGGUACAUUGUCCUUAAUUCCCUUUUUCUGUUUGUGUUUGCAUGAUAUGCUUCAUAAUCAAGUACUAUGCCUUACAAAACUACUUGACUUUUGCAGAGUCUUCUAUAUGAAGGUGUUUCUACAGUUCCUCUGAAUGCUCUUCCGGAUUUUAGUACUGAUUCAGCUAGCUGUAACAUUCAAGCUUCUGAUACAUUUGCUUCUACUGUUCCAUUGAAUGCCAAUCCAGUGAUUCUUCCUACUGUGCAGAGUGAAAAACAGGUACAUUGUCCCUAAUUCCCUUUUUCUGUUUGUGUUUGCAUGAUAUGCUUCAUAAUCAAGUAUUAUGCCUUACAGAACUACUUGACUUUUGCAGAGUUUUCUAUAUGAAGGUGUUUCUACAGUUCCUCUGAAUGCUCUUCCGGAUUUUAGCCCUGUCCAUAUUGGACUUUCACCAAAUACGAGAGUAGCUGGCGAUAUUAAGGUGAAUAGCUAUUUUAAGACAAAGAGAGAGUUGAUGUUGAGGAUGAAGAAAUGGGCUUUAGAGUGGAAGUUUGAGUACAAGACUGUCUCUUCUAACAAGUCAAGAGUGCUUUUGAGUUGUGUUGAUGAAAAUUGCACGUGGAGGAUGCGUGCUAUCAAGCUACCUGUUUCAGAUUUUUUCGUUGUUAAAAAGUAUGUUCAUGAGCAUACAUGCGAUACAACACACAGGAAAGCCAACCACAGACAAGCAUCUGCAAAGUUGUUGGGUUCUUUGAUUUCCAGCAAUUAUGGAGAAAAAAAGGAAGGUCUCAAACCGAAACAGAUCAUUGAACAGGUCAGGAUGCUGCAUGGUGUUCACAUCAAUUACAAACAAGCUUGGAGAGUGAGAGAAGAAGCUCAGAUUUUGGUUAGAGGGACUCCUGAAGACAGCUAUUACAAUUUGUCUAGGUGGUUGUAUAAAAUCACAGAAACAAACCCUGGUUCCUUGACUUAUCAACAUGUUGAUGCUGCAGGAAAGUUCAAGUAUGCAUUUGUGGCUUUUGGUCCAUCGAUAAGGGGAUUUUCAUUGAUGAGGAGAGUUAUUGCAGUAGAUGGUACAUUUCUGAAGGGAAAAUUCAAUGGGACUUUAUUGGCAGCUUGUGCUCAAGAUGGGAAUUAUCAUCUAUAUCCUCUCGCCUUUGCAGUGGUUGACGCAGAAAACGGCGCCUCUUGGAAAUGGUUCUUUAGAGGUUUGAGCCAGAAGAUCCCGGACGCUUCGGAUCUUGUUUUUGUAUCAGACAGGGCUAACUCCAUUUCUUCAGCGUUGGAGGAUGUAUAUCCCUUAUCUCACCAUGGAAUUUGCAGGAUCCAUCUGCUCCGCAACAUCACUCCUACAUAUGCGAAGACUGGGUUGCUACCUCUGGUGGAAAGCGCUGCUGAUGCCUAUACGUGUCACGAGUUCUGGUUAAUCUUCAAGGACAUAAAGGAUAAAUGUCCUGAAUUGGCUAAGUAUCUGGAAGAGUCUGAUUUUAGGAAGUGGGCACGAAGCUAUGCGCCUGCGAACAGGUAUAAUAUCAUGACUACCAACAUUGCAGAGUCUCUCAAUUCUAUGUUGAAGAUGCCUCGUGAGUUGCCCAUUAUCUCUCUCCUUGAAACUAUCAGAUUGACGAUGACCACUUGGUUUUUUGAGCGACGCGAAGCGGCUGCGAAACAUAAGCACCUGGUUACUCCAAAAGUUGUUCAGAAAUUGGUAUCUAGGUUAGGGGCCGCAAUGUUGUUGAAUGUGUAUCAAGUUGAUCGAAGCGAGUUUGAGGUGAAGAAUGAAACAAUGAAGUUUGUUGUUGACUUGGAGAAGCGGCAUUGCACAUGUAAUGUUUUCGACAUUGACAAGAUCCCCUGCAUCCAUGCCAUCGCUGCUGCUAAGCAUAUCAAGAGAGAUGAAAACCGUUUUGUUGAUGCUUCUCACUUGACAGAAACGUGGGCUAAAGCUUAUGCUGAAAGCAUACAUCCUGGUGGAGAGUUGUCAACGUCCACCUAUCCAGAGAAUAUUGAUGAACUGUCUUGCCCACCUCCAGCUACCAAAAAGAAAAGUGGACGCCCUCCUACAAAGAGAAAGAGAUCCGUUGGCGAGUUUGGGGUUCCUGGAUCUAAAUCUCAGUCCCACAAGUGCAGCAGAUGUGGCACAGGAGGGCACAACAAGAUCACAUGCCAGAGGCCUAUAGGAUGAAGUUCUACAUUUUUACAUUUUUAUCGAUUAUUAUUUGGAUGUUUGGCUAUUUUGAUGGUUACAUGAUAUGCACAAGACCAUAUACAUUUUUUCUUUUGGAACCCUAUCCUGAAUAAGUAUGAUUUCUUACAACUUUUGUAAUAUACAACAUUAUCUUUUGAUCUCAUUUCAAUUUUUAGUUUAAA